CUUCCUGCUGACGUCACGCCCCUCCUGGUUGGCGAGUGCACUUGUUCUUCCUCCUCCCGACAAACACACUUUAUAUCUGCCUCUCCUUCCCCACGGACACUACGGAACACUAACUUCUUCACGGGUGGCUCGCUUUACUCUCUACUUCCUUCCAAGGUAGCAAGUGUGUGGCAAAGCCUAUAAGGAAGCACCUGAUGGCACCUCUGGCUGCCUCCGUGGUGCAGGCAUGACUAUCACCCCCACAAAAGACAAAACUGGGUUAUCCUCAUACAAAGACUCAAGUCUCAGAGCCGUUUCAACACAGAUGGAUGAGGUGGAAGGCUUGCGGUUGAAACACUCCGCUGAGGACGCCAUUUCUUUGACUUCCUCCCUGACUGAGUCCAUCAACCUAGAAGAUGGCCAUUACUCCAUGCUACGAGCUGAGCUGGAGAGCGACAGCAAGAACCUGGAGGCGGAGUCGUGGAGCGUGGCUACCAACCCGGACUACCUAAGGACUCUGCAGAAAGAUGCUGUUAAAAGACAGGAUGUCAUCUAUGAGCUUAUCCAGACAGAGAUGCACCACGUGCGCACUUUAAAGAUCCUUCGAUACGUCUAUAUGCACGAGUUGAGGCAGUCUCUGCUCUUGGACGAGGGCAAAAUGGAUAUGCUCUUCCAGGGUGUAGACGCCCUGCUCACCCUGCACCAGCACUUCCUCAGCUGCCUUAAACUACGUCAAAGCUGCAGUCAGGAGGAGCAAAGUCCAAAUGGCUACCAGAUCACGGAGCUGGGAAAUAUACUCAUCUCUCAGUUUUCAGAUGCAUUAGGUGAAAAAAUGAAGGUUGGAUACAGUGUUUUCUGUGGCCAUCAAAGUGAAGCCAUCAGUCUGUACAAAGAGCAGAUGCAGAACAACAAGAAGCUGCAGAGCCUCAUGAAGAAAAUUGGUCAGCUGGCCCUGGUAAGAAGGUUGGGGAUCCCUGAAUGUUUUCUGCUAGUGACUCAGCGCAUCACAAAGUAUCCUGUCCUGGUGGAGCGGAUCAUACAGAACACAGACGCCGACACAAACGAGUACCAGUCUCUGCUGCAAGCCUUGGCGUCCAUAAAAGACACAAUCUCCCAAGUGAACGACUGCGUCCGGGAAUACGAGAAGGCUUCCCGCCUGAGAGAGAUCCAUGUGCGUUUGGAGCCCAAAUCCGUGGGCCGGUUGAAGGACGGUCAAGUGUUCCGCCGAGAGGAUCUGAUCCUCAGCAACAGAAUGCUGCUGCAUGAAGGCCCGGUCACCUGGAAGUCUUCUGGCAGACAGAAAGACGUCCACGCUGUGCUGCUGUCAGAUGUGCUCCUCCUGCUUCAAGACAAAGAUCAGAAGUUUGUCUUUGCUGCGGUGGAUAACAAACCGCCAGUGGUCUCCCUUCAAAACCUGAUAUUGAGGGAGGUCGCCCAUGAAGACAAAGCAAUGUUCCUCAUCUGUGCGUGCACCUCCGAGAUGUACGAGCUCCGCGCUGGCUCCCGAGAGGAGCGCAUCAGCUGGAUGGCAUUCAUACGGAAUGCCAUUAACCAGUAUUCCGAGGAGGACGAAGUCCACCAGGAGCUUAUUACCAGACUCCAAGAAUAUCAAGAUUGUUUGAAGGAGAGAGAUGACCAGAUCAAGCAAUGCCUGACGGAGAAGCUGCACAUCUCCAAAGCCCUGUACAAGGACCUGACCGGCCUUGAGAGCCCCUCGAAAGGGCUUCUGCUGCGAGGAGACCCCGCUGACCUCCAGCAGGGAGAAACACUGCUCCAAGGAGCUAUCGUUGAAGUGGAAAACCUUCAAAACCUGCUCUUCUCCAAAAUGAAAGACUCAAGCAACCUGCAUGCUCAUAUGUGCUCAGAUGGAGAUGAGGCCGAGGGCCCCAGUGGGAACGAAAUGGUGCCGCUAUACUGCACCCACCUGUCGAACGAUGCUCAGCGGAAGGAGCUGCACUUCUGUGAGAGCCCACCAAUGAAGGCUGACACUGACGAAAUAUCGAAGCCCAUGUCCACUUCACCUACUGGCGACUUCCUGACAGAGGUGUGUGACCGGGUAACACAGCUUCUACAGAGGCUGUAUGAAUUACAAGCCUUCGUGGUGCAUCAGGACAGUCUGAUCAAGCUGCAGCACGUCCAGCAGUCCAAGAGCAGACCGUCCCGCCCAUCCAGCAGUACGCUGCUGGAGCAGGAGAAGCAGCGCAACCUGGAAAAGCACAAGGAGGAGCUGGCCAACCUCCACAAGCUGCAGGCACAGCUCAGAGAAGCGCAGCAGCGCUUGGAGAAGGAGCAGGAGCGCCACAGUGUCUGCAUGGAGACCCUGGAGGCUGACCUGAAGCAGAGGGAGGACGAGUGCAGAAAACACGAGGAGAAGGUUAACGAGGAAAAGGCUGAGCUGGAGAGGCAGAGGGAGAGCUACCAGCAGGAUCUGGAGCGACUCAGGGAGUCUAACAAGGCUGUGGAGAAAGACAAGGAGCGCCUGAGCCAGGAGAAGGAACGUCUGGAGGAGAAGUUAAAGAAGUACACAAUGAGCACCGGACACGCCAACUACGAUGACCCCAACAUCAACCUUUUCAGCUACCAGUCCUUCAGGGGAAACAUUGCCAACGGCAGAGGAGGAGGAGGGAGUUUAAGGCCGCACGUACCGCUCGCCACUGCCAGCGACCCCAACGAGACUCCUCCCAAGGUCCCGCCGCGCAAGGAGAGCAUCAGUCUUCAGCCAGUGAAGCCUGAGAUGCCCAUGCACCUAAUUAGCACCACCAACCAGGUGCACAAAGCCAGCGGCGUGGUACAGCAGAUCCCCACCAAGCUGGCCAAUCUUUCCAGGAGCAAGGAGAAGGUCUUCAAGAUGAAGCCGUCGCAUCAGAGAGCCCACAGUGCAGCCUCCAUAGACGUGAGCCAGGUGUUGCCCAUCCGAGUGACGAGGAAAGAAGGAGGGAGUCUGCGAGGUUCUCACAGCCAGUCAGAUGAUUUGAAGUCGCACAGACACAGAAUGAAAACAUCGCAGUCCUUCAGCGCACACCUCAGGAGCAGCGUGGAGCUGCCGCCCCCACCUCCACCUCCUUUCCCCAAAGAAGUGCUGCAAGUGAAAGCCAAAGAAAAGGUCAUAUUCCUUUAGUUUGCCUCUUACCGCCUGGACUUCUAGUAAGACUGUGUCAACUAUCAGGUACUGUACACACACUUUUAUCAAAAUAAUUUAUGGCUGCGGUCGUCACCGAAAAAAAACAAGGACCUAUUUUGCACAGUGGAGAAAACUAUUUUUUGAAUGUUUCUAAAGCUUUUUAAAUAUUUGAUGUUCUUACAUUGCCAAAGACUUUUUAAAAGAGUAUUUUUUAUUGUAAAUGAAAGCAACAUUUUAUGACCAGGUCUUUACUUUCUUUUUAAUUUAAAGAGUCAUGAAACUACUGUAUUGAACAAGCACUGCAUUGGAAUUCAUUUAAAAAAAACAAAAAAAAAAACAACCAACAGAUGCUAUAGUGACAUUUUUACCCCAAAAAUACCAAGUAGUUAAUGUAAUUAAAAAAAUAAAAUAAAACAUGACAUGCUCCAGUUUCCUUUUUGGUCCAACUUUCCUUUGACAUUUCACCAUACUUGCCAACCUUGAGA